AUGGCGGAACUAGGUGACGGCAAGAAGCAGGUACCCGUACCCAAACACGCGGAUUCGGGAUCUUCAGAUGCGGAUUCCAGGGACAAUGAGCAGUUCUACGGAGACAAUGGCGACAACCAUGUCUUCAGUGAUCCCGUUGUUGCAGAGUAUUGGCGAGAGGUCUACGAGCGAAACGGAUAUGAGAACCGACACCGAUUUGAUCCAAACUACAAAUGGACGGCUGAAGAGGAGAAGCGCCUCGUUCGCAGACUCGAUCUCAGGAUCACGUUUUGGGCUUGGCUGAUGUUUUGCGCAUUGGACCUGAACAGGAAAAACAUCAAUCGCGCUAUUUCAGACAAUAUGUUGGAAGAGUUGAACAUGAACACAAAUGACUUCAAUUAUGGACAAACGAUAUUCCUCGCUUCUUUCCUUGCAGCGGAGCUUCCGAGUGGCCUCAUUAGUAAGGCACUCGGUGCCGAUCGAUGGAUUCCCUUCAUCAUUUGCGCGUGGUCAAUCGUCAGCGCAUCUCAGGCGGCAAUGAAGUCAAAAGCAGCAUACUAUGUGAUCCGUGCCCUGCUCGGGCUCUUUAUGGGUGGUUUUAUCCCUGACAUAGUUCUUUGGCUCACCUACUACUUCAAAUCUAACGAGCUGCCAAAGCGCCUGGCUUUCUUCUGGACUGCCCUCAGUACUUGCCAAAUUGCUGGAUCAUUGAUUGCAGCUGGUGUCCUGCAAAUGAGGGGAAUCAACGGCUGGUCAGGAUGGCAGUAUUUGUUCCUCAUCGAGGGUGUCAUCACUUGCACCAUCGGUAUUUUUUCGUGGGGGUUGAUGCCUCCUGGCCCGACUCAGACGAAGAACUGGUUCCGAGGCAAGAACGGAUGGUUCACUGAGCACGAGGAAUAUAUCCUUGUCAACAGAGUCCUCCGUGACGACCCUUCCAAAGGUGACAUGAACAACCGUCAAGCCGUUGGCUUGAGCCAUCUUCUGAAGUCCUGCUUCGACUGGGAACAGUGGCCACUCUACAUUAUUGGUCUGACGGCAUACAUUCCUCCUGCUCCGCCAAGCACAUAUCUAUCUUAUAUCCUGCGACAGCUCGGCUUUUCCGUCUUCAAAGCCAACUUACUCACGAUUCCGUCGCAAUUCCUGUUUGCCGUGCAACUCCUCAUUCUUACUUGGCUUUCUGAGAGAGUAAAGGAGCGAGCGAUUAUCAGCAGUCUUAGUAAUAUCUGGAUUUUCCCGUGGCUGGUUGGUCUAGUAACUCUGCCUGCAAGCGCCAAUCCUUGGAUUCGAUACGCACUGCUCACUGGACUCCUAAGCUAUCCAUAUUGCCACGCUAUCCUUGUGGGCUGGAACGCUAAGAACAGCAAUGCAGUUCGAACGCGUGCCAUUUCCGCUGCUCUUUACAACAUGUUUGUCCAAUCAGGAAACAUCAUCUCCACGAACAUCUACCGCGACGACGACAAGCCUCUAUAUCGACGCGGCAACAAGAUUUUGCUUGCGAUUUGCUCCUUCAAUAUCGUGUUAUUCUACCUGGUGAAGGCAUUCUACAUCUGGAGGAACAAAGCCAGAGACAGGAGAUGGAAUGCGAUGACAAAGGAGGACCAGCAGAAUUAUUUGUUGACGACAAAAGACGAGGGUAUGAAGAGGUUGGAUUUCAGAUUCGCACACUGA